AUGGGUAGGGAGGACAAAGCUACUUGGAAAGCAAACUACUUCACAAAAUUAAUCCAAUUGUUGGAUGAAUAUCCUAAAUGCUUUAUUGUUGGGGCAGACAAUGUCGGCUCGAAACAAAUGCAGCAAAUUCGUAUGUCCCUUCGGGGAACGGCCGUGGUCCUCAUGGGAAAAAAUACCAUGAUGAGGAAAGCCAUCAAAGGAAACGUUGAAGUUAAUCAAGCAUAUGAAAAGAUUCUUCCUCAUAUAAAAGGCAAUGUAGGAUUUGUUUUUACCAAGGGUGAUUUGGUAGAAGUAAGAAAUAAAAUUUUAGAAAAUAAAGUUCGUGCUCCAGCUAAAAAUGGUGCCAUUGCUCCUUGUGCUGUCAUUAUUCCAGCUCAAAAUACUGGUCUUGGUCCAGAGAAAACAUCAUUUUUUCAAGCCUUGUCCAUUCCAACAAAAAUUUCUAAGGGAACAAUUGAAAUUACUAAUGAUGUCCACAUUUUAAAAGAAGGAGACAAAGUUGGAGCUUCUGAUGCUACUCUUUUGAACAUGUUGAACAUUUCUCCUUUUAACUAUGGUUUAGUAGUGGAAAUGGUGUACGAUUCAGGUACCAUUUUUGAACCAAAAAUUUUGGAUAUUAAACCAGAAGAUCUUAGAGCUAAAUUUUUAGAGGGAGUUUCUUGUUUGGCAUCAGUUUGUUUGAGCAUUAGUUAUCCAACUGUCGCUUCUGCUCCACAUCUUAUUGUCAAUGGAUUCAAGAACUUAUUGGCAGUUGCUGCUGCUUCCGAUGUUGAAUUUAAGGAAGCUGAAAGAGUCAAGGAAUACUUAAAGGAUCCAUCGAAGUUUGCAGCCGCUGCUGCUGCUGCUGCCCCAGCGGCAGCUCCUGCAGCCAAAACUGAUUCUGCGGCUGCGGGUGGCGGUUCCAAAAAGGAAGAAAAGAAAGAAGAAAGUGAGUCCGAUGAUGACAUGGGGCUUCGGUCUGUUCGAUUAAGCUGA